UGCUGUGGUUGAGCCAUACAACUCCAUCCUGACCACCCACACCACCCUAGAGCACUCUGACUGUGCCUUCAUGGUAGAUAACGAGGCAAUCUAUGACAUCUGCCGUAGGAACCUCGAUAUCGAGCGUCCUUCCUACACCAACCUGAACAGGUUGAUCAGCCAGAUUGUGUCCUUCAUCACUACUUCGCUCCGCUUUGAUGGCGCCCUCAAUGUUGAUCUGACAGAGUUCCAGACCAACUUGGUGCCCUACCCUCGUAUCCAUUUCCCCCUGGCCACCUACGCCCCCGUCAUCUCUGCAGAGAAAGCUUAUCACGAGCAGUUAACUGUAUCAGAAAUCACAAACGCUUGCUUCGAGCCAGCCAAUCAGAUGGUGAAAUGUGACCCUCGCCACGGCAAGUACAUGGCCUGCUGCCUUUUGUACCGUGGCGAUGUGGUGCCCAAAGAUGUCAACGCUGCCAUUGCUACCAUCAAAACCAAGCGCACCAUCCAGUUCGUGGACUGGUGCCCCACCGGUUUCAAGGUCGGCAUCAACUACCAGCCACCCACUGUGGUUCCUGGUGGAGACCUGGCCAACGUCCAGAGGGCUGUGUGUAUGCUGAGCAACACCACCGCCAUCGCUGAGGCUUGGGCACGACUUGACCACAAGUUUGACUUGAUGUACGCCAAGCGUGCAUUUGUUCACUGGUAUGUGGGUGAGGGAAUGGAGGAGGGUGAGUUUUCUGAGGCUAGAGAGGACAUGGCAGCUCUAGAGAAGGAUUAUGAAGAGGUUGGAGUUGACUCUGUUGAUUGGGAGGGAGAUGAGGAAGGUGAGGAGUAG